AUGGUCGCGGACGUUCGAGAGAGCAUCUGCUUGAAUUCUGGCGGCAAUGGCUCAGAAUACCCUUUGUUCGUGAAUCCUGAAGAUCCGUCAAUGGAGAUGCGAGUGCUCUACAAGGAGAUUUGGGAUUGGGCUAAGGCAAUCCUAGCGGAGGAGGAUGGGGUAGAUCUGACCCACCCACCAAAAGGUCCGAAAUACCCCAAAUUUCAAUGGACCAAACGUCGGGGAAGUUGGAAGUCGACCUCCAGAGCUAUUGCAUCCACCUCAUCCACCUUGACCAGCUCGUCAAACCAUGUGUCCCACCAUGCCCCAACAAGCACCCGUACGGACAACCGACACUCAAGUCUAGCACCCUCCAGUAACCCAAUUAUUUCACUACCCCCACAAUCUACUGCCCCCAAUUCCCGCCACAUCAGCACUGAAGUGGAGGUGAUGCCCACUUUCAAUGAGUUUGUACCACUAACGAGUACCUACGAUCCUCGCCAGGAAGAUGGCUUUUGCAUCCACUCACCCACUCCUUUUGACCCAACAACCAAGACCGAUCAGUUGGAUCGACUUCCAACUCCAUUGGACUUGAUGACCCCUGCUCCAGUGGCCCAUCAUGUAGGCUCCUUUGCAACCGUGGCCGAGAAUCGAUUGUAUCCUCCUUUUUUGGGUCAAGGCCCCCCCACUUCAGUCAAUCCCGCCGCCGGCCAAACUCUUGCUUGCCCAGUUAGUUCCACCCCAGCCUGGAUCCCACAACCUGCUGUUGUCAUGAACACCAGUCCAAUCCCUGUGGCUUCAGACAACCCAAUCAUCCCUCGUGCAGCUGCAAACCAACAUUCUUGUCCCCCUAUCUCCCCAUCGAUAGAGGCGGUGACCAUGGAUCAGUACUUGGAAAUUGCACAAAUCAAACCCGGCAACAAUCUCACCAGAGGCAGACUCAUGAUGCUAGGCAUCAAUCACUGGUAA